CUCUCCACUCACCGAGAAACAAAGUAGCCGAGAGAGUGGAGCCGUGAGAAUGGAGCGCAUGAAUCGGCAGGAAUAACCAAAGCAAUCGAAACAAUUUUUAAACUUUGAAAACUCAAUAAACAAGCAUGGAUACGAUCGCUCUCAAUCUGUUACUGUUAUGUUUACAUAUUCUCCGAGCCGGAUCCCAAUUCACAGCUGGUGGCUGUACCUUCGACGAUGGCCCGGCGCAGUGUGACUACCAGCAGGACCCGUAUGACGACUUUGACUGGACGCACGUCAGUGCGCAGGAGGUGCCAUACCUGUCAUCUGAACUGCCUCAAGGCUCCUAUAUGAUGGUGGAUUCCUCCCAGCACGAUGCCGGGGAAAAGGCACGCAUUCAACUUCCUGUAAUGAAAGAAAAUGACACCCACUGUAUUGACUUCAACUACCUGUUGUACACCCAAGAUGGCUCCAGCCCUGGCACCCUGAACAUUUUAGUGAAGGUCAACAAGGGUCCACUGGCUAAUCCCAUCUGGAAUGUGACCAGCUACACGGGCAAGGAGUGGCUUCGGGCCGAGCUAGCGGUCAGCACCUUCUGGCCCAAUGAGUACCAGGUCAUAUUCGAAGCAGAGGUCUCCGGUGGGAAGACUGGUUUCAUUGCAAUUGAUGACAUCCAGGUCUUGAGUUAUCCGUGUGAUAAAUCGCCUCACUUCCUGCGGCUGGGAGACGUGGAAGUCAACGCUGGGCAGAACGCCACCUUCCAGUGCAUCGCCACGGGGAGGGAAGCUGUGAAUAACAAGCUGUGGCUGCAGAAACGCAAUGGGGAAGAUAUACCCGUAGCACAGACGAAGAACAUCAACCACAGGAGGUUCGCUGCCACAUUCAAACUGAAGGAAGUGACCAACCUGGACCAGGACCUGUAUCGCUGUGUGACCCAAUCGGAGAGAGGCUCUGGAGUUUCAAACUUUGCCGGGCUCAUAGUCAGAGAACCUCCGCGUCCCAUUGCCCCUCCCCAGUUACUCGGAGUCGGCCCGACCUACCUUUUGAUCCAGCUUAACGCGAACUCGAUAUUCGGAGACGGGCCCAUCAUCCUAAAGGAAGUGGAGUAUCGCAUGACCUCAGGAAGCUGGACCGAGACACACGCCGUCAACUCCCCCAACUACAAGCUGUGGCAUCUGGACCCGGACACGGAAUACGAGAUCCGAGUCCUGCUCACCAGGCCUGGGGAAGGUGGCACGGGGCAGCCGGGACCCCCCCUCAUCACCAGAACCAAGUGUGCCGAACCGAUGAGGACUCCCAAGAGCCUGAAGAUCGCGGAGACCCAAGCCAGGUUCAUUGCCGUGGACUGGGAGUCUCUGGGGUACAACAUCACCCGCUGCCACACCUUCAACGUCACCAUCUGCUACCACUACUUUGGUGCCAACAAUGAGACCAAGGCCGACUGUCUGGACAUGGACCCCAAAGCCCCGCGGCACGUGGUGGGGAACCUGCCCCCCAACACCAAUGUCAGCCUGAAGAUGAUCCUCACCAACCCGGAGGGCCGCAAGGAGAGCGACGAGACCAUCAUACAGACCGACGAGGAUGUGCCUGGCCCGGUUCCCAGCCAGUCCAUGAAAGCCACACCAUUUGAGGAUCGCAUCUUCCUUUACUGGAAGGAACCACAGGAGCCCAAUGGGGUCAUCACUCAAUAUGAGAUCAGCUACAGCAGUGUGCGGUCGUUCGACCCCUCUGUGCCGCUGCUCCGGCCCCCUCUGAUCGUGUCCCUGCCCUGGAACAGCUCCCACCACGUCUUCUCUCAGCUCCACCCCGGCACCACCUACCAGUUCAUCAUCCGCGCAAGCACCGUCAAGGGCUUCGGACCGCCCACCACCCUCAACGUCACCACAAACAUUUCCGCCCCUACAUUAGAGGAGUACGAUGGCUCCGAGGCGUUUUUGAACGAGACCACCACCACCAUUACGGUUCUGCUCAAACCUGCCCAGGCCAAAGGUGCUCCCAUCAGCGCUUACCAGAUCGUGGUGGAGGAGCUGAAUCCGCACCGCUCCCGGAGAGAGGCUAGCUCUGGGGACUGCUAUCAGGUCCCCGUCUCCUACCAGAGUGCCUUGAGUGGCGGCUCACCCUACUACUUUGCCGCCGAACUCCCGCCCGGCAGUCUUCUGGAACCUUCCCCAUUCACGGUGGGGGACAACAAGACCUACCACGGCUUCUGGAACCCUCAGCUCGUGGCCCGGAAGAACUACAACAUCUACUUCCAGGCUGUCAGCAGUGUCGACAAGGAAACAAAAACUCAAUGUCUGAGACUCGCAACAAAAGGAGCGACCGAGGAACCGGAGGUGAUCCCCGACCCGGCCAAGCAGACGGACCGCGUGGUGAAGAUCGCCGGGAUCAGCGCUGGGGUGCUGGUCUUCAUCCUCCUCGUCCUGGUGGCGAUCCUGCUGGUGAAAAAGAGGAGGAGCUACUAUUCCUACUCGUAUUACCUGAAACUCGCCAAGAAGCGCAAAGAUGCCAUCGGAAAUACGCGGCAAGAGAUGACCCACAUGGUCAAUGCUAUGGACCGGAGCUAUGCUGACCAGAGCACUCUCCAUGCAGAGGAUCCCAUGUCCGUCACCUUCAUGGACUCACACAACUUCAGCAACAGAUUGCCUAAUGAUCCACUUGUUCCGACCGCUGUGCUAGUGCCAAUAACGGACGAGAAUCACACCGCGGCUGCCGAAUCGAGCCGUCUGCUGGAUGUUCCGCGCUACCAUUGUGAGGGGACGGAGUCGCCAUAUCAGACCGGUCAGCUGCACCCCGCCAUUCGGGUGGCCGACCUGCUGCAGCACAUCAACCUGAUGAAGACCUCCGACAGCUACGGCUUCAAGGAGGAGUACGAGAGUUUCUUUGAAGGCCAAUCAGCUUCCUGGGAUGUGGCAAAGAAAGAGCAGAACAGGACCAAGAAUCGCUAUGGAAACAUUAUUGCAUAUGAUCACUCCAGAGUGAUCCUUCAGCCAAUGGAAGAUGACCCCUCCUCCGACUACAUCAACGCCAACUACAUUGACGUAAGUGGUGUCGUCUCCACUGCCGAACGUGUGAGAAACAUCUUUCCUUCUUCCAUAUGGCUGUACAGGGAUGGAUACCAACGGCCAAGCCAUUACAUUGCUACACAAGGCCCUGUCCAUGAGACGGUGUACGACUUCUGGAGGAUGGUUUGGCAGGAGCAGUCGGCCUGUAUUGUCAUGGUGACCAACCUGGUUGAAGUGGGUCGGGUGAAAUGCUACAAGUACUGGCCAGAUGACGCUGAGGUGUAUGGAGAUUUCAAAGUGACAUUCGUUGAAGUGGAGCCACUUGCAGAAUAUGUUGUCAGGACUUUUACAUUAGAGAGGAGAGGAUUUAACGAGCUGCGGGAAGUGAAGCAGUUCCACUUCACGGGCUGGCCUGACCAUGGCGUACCCUACCAUGCCACAGGUCUCCUGUCCUUCAUCCGCCGGGUCAAGAUGUCCAACCCACCCAGCGCUGGACCCAUCGUUGUCCAUUGCAGUGCUGGUGCGGGGCGCACGGGUUGCUACAUCGUGAUCGACAUCAUGCUGGACAUGGCAGAGCGGGAGGGGGUGGUGGACAUCUACAACUGCGUGAAGGCCCUACGCUCUCGGCGCAUCAACAUGGUACAGACCGAGGAGCAAUACAUCUUUAUCCAUGACGCCAUCUUGGAGGCUUGCCUGUGCGGAGAAACCGUCAUUCCGGCCUGCGAGUUCAAAGCCGCCUACUACGACAUGAUCAGAAUAGACUCCCAGAGUAACUCCUCACACCUCAAGGAUGAGUUCCAAACCCUAAACUCGGUGACGCCCCAGCCCCAGCCAGAAGACUGCAGCAUCGCCCUGCUUCCCAGGAACCACGAGAAGAACCGCUUCAUGGACAUGCUGCCACCCGACCGCUGCCUGCCCUUCCUCAUCACCAUCGACGGGGAGAGCAGCAACUACAUCAACGCUGCCCUCCUGGAUCCGUCAGAAGAAUUCCAGAGCUACAGACAGCCAGCAGCCUUCAUUGUAACCCAGCAUCCUUUGCCCAACACGGUCAAGGACUUCUGGAGGCUGGUGUAUGACUACGGCUGCACAUCCCUUGUUAUGCUCAAUGAGAUUGACCUGGCUCAGGGCUGUCCUCAGUAUUGGCCCGAAGAAGGAAUGCUUCGUUAUGGCCCUGUCCAAGUUGAAUGUAUGUCUUGCUCCAUGGAUUGUGACGUCAUCACUCGCCUCUUCAGGAUAUGUAACCUAACGAGACCUCAGGAGGGGUACCUGAUGGUGAGACAGUUCCAGUAUCUGGGCUGGGCAGCGCACAGGGAGGUGCCAGCAUCCAAGCGCUCCUUCCUAAAGCUCAUCCUGCAGGUGGACAAGUGGCAGGAGGAGUGCGAGGAAGGAGAGGGACGCACCAUUAUCCACUGCUUGAAUGGGGGAGGACGCAGUGGGAUGUUCUGUUCCAUCAGCAUUGUGUGUGAAAUGAUCAAGCGUCAGAAUGUGGUGGAUGUUUUCCAUGCCGUGAAGAGCCUGAGGAACAGUAAGCCCAACAUGGUUGAGAGCCCGGAACAGUACCGUUUCUGUUAUGAUCUUGCUUUGGAAUACAUCGAGACGACUUAACUAUGUGUUCUGGGUGUGCGUGUAUUUGGGUGUUUUGGGGUGGGGAGGGGGCAUUCCGGAACCUGGCACCAUUCCACUACAGCUUUGGCUCAGUUGUCAAGACUGCCAUUUGAAUCAAUUAUUUUUGAACAUUCAUGUUCUCAAUGUCCCGGUUUGAUGUGAGUGGUCUGUAAAUGUCUCCAUUGUAUAUCGCCAUGCUCAGUGCCACAGGAUCAAUGCUGGCCCUAGGCCACAUUUGCUUUAAUGUAAUUUAACCUUUUGUUUAAAUGUGCAGCCAUUGUAAAGGGUAACACUAAUGCCAAGUUGUUGCAUGCUAAAAAUGUUUUCUUUAUAAGCAUUGUCAUUGAACAAUAUUUAUAUAUUCACAUAUACAUACAAGUAAAUUACAAAUGUGAAAGAAAAUAGAUGCAUUCUUUAUAUAUGAAUAUAAGUGCUGCCUUGUGACAUUGGCUUAGUAAUGUUUGUAUUGUGCACUGAUGGCUGGCAUAUAAUUUUUUAUUUUUGUUUUGUAGUAAAUCUAAAUCAUAAGCCAAAGACCUUUGUGUAAAUAUGUCUAUAUGGAUAAAGCACAUUGUUUGUAUUUAUUGUUUACUUGCAUUCCUUUUUGAAGGCUUAAGAAACAAUCAUUUUAAUUUUCUGUUUACUCUCUGAGUUUUAUGUAGUUUUUUUUUUUUUAAGUAUUAGUAAUAUUUCAGUAGCAGAUUCUUUUAAUGUUUUAACUUCUACAUGUUGUUUAAGUGGUUUGUGUAAAUGCUUGUCAGUUUUACCAAUGCCGGUAGGAUUUCAUUAGGUCAAAAGGCCACAAAAUUCUUUUUUUUUUUUUUUUUCCUUUUUUUUUCAGAACAAGGUAAUGUUUUCACAUUUGUGUUGGUAUUUUUGAAAAAGAAAGAAAAUGGAAAUAUAAUAUCAACAGUAUUAGUUACAGCACAUUAGGGUUUUGGUCAGUUCUGGAACAAAAAUGUGCAGCCAACCCAACUUAGCCAAUGAGGGACAUGCGUUAUUUUUGCUGAGAACAUUGAAUUAUAUGUGGAGUUUAGUCCUGUUCAUUUUUUUGUCUGUAAUUGUUGGCUUUUUGGCUGUAAAAAAAAACUUUUGAAUAAAAAAAAAAUGGAAACCCA